CGACGUAGUUUCAUCCACUAAUUAUAAACCGGAACAUUAUAAGUAGACUCCGCUUUGUUCAUCUUCCCCUCUUUUCUUUAUAGACUAGUCUGCUGUCAAACCCUAGCAACAUCAGAUACACAAAUCAACAGCCAUGGCGAUACGGCAUCUCCUAACCCUAGCUCGUCGUUCUCGCCGUCCUCUCGAAUCUCUCCGCCCUCUCUCCACCGCCGCCAUCGCCAACGUCACCGAUGCUGCCGCAACCUCCACCGCCGAUUCCGCCCCCACUCUCCCCUCCCCUCCGGCGCCUGACGUCAUGAUCUACGAUCGUCUCGCUGAAGGACUGAAGCAGAAGCUCAGCAAGCUAGAUAGUCCUGACUCGAGGUUUUUGAAGUAUAAUAAUCCCCAUCCAACCCUAACGGAUCACACGGCGGUGCUAGCUGCGCCGGAGACGCGAGUCACGACUCUGCCUAAUGGUCUCCGAGUCGCGACCGAGUCGAAUCUUUCGUCCAAGACGGCCACGGUUGGGGUUUGGAUUGAUGCUGGAUCUAGAUUUGAGACGGAUACGACUAAUGGCACUGCGCAUUUUUUGGAGCAUAUGAUAUUUAAGGGGACUACGAGGAGGACUGCGAGGCAGCUCGAGGAGGAGAUUGAGAAUCUGGGAGGGCAUUUGAAUGCGUAUACUUCGAGAGAGCAGACGACUUAUUAUGCCAAGGUUUUGGAUAAGGAUGUGCCUCAGGCGAUGGACAUUUUGGCGGAUAUUUUGCAGAAUUCUAAGUUUGAGGAGAAACGAAUUGAACGGGAGCGUGAUGUGAUUUUGAGGGAGAUGGAAGAGGUGCUAGGACAGACAGAAGAAGUCAUCUUUGACCAUCUCCAUGCAACUGCUUUCCAGCACAGUCCUUUAGGAAGGACUAUUCUUGGACCUGUUGAGAAUGUUAAGUCAAUCACCAAGGAGGAUCUUCAGAACUAUAUAUCGACACACUAUACACCCUCUAGAAUGGUAAUUGCUGCUUCUGGAGCAGUUAAACAUGAAGAGAUUGUUAAGCACGUAGAGGGAUUGUUUACCAAGUUGUCAGAUGGUUCAGCUACAACCUCUGAGUUAGCAGCGAAAGAACCAGCAAUAUUUACAGGAUCGGAGUUUAGAAGUGUUGAUGAUGAUGUUCCACUUGCCCAAUUUGCGGUUGCUUUUGAUGGAGCAUCAUGGACAGAUCCAGAUUCUACUACACUGAUGGUGAUGCAAGCAAUGUUGGGGGCUUAUAGUAAAGGUUCAAGUGGAGGGAAGCAUAUGGGCUCUCAUCUUGUACAGAGACUUGCUAUUAAUGAGAUAGCUGAAAGCAUGAUGGCCUUUAACACCAACUACAAGGAUACUGGCUUGUUUGGCGUCUAUGCUGUUGCUAAGCCGGAUUGCUUGGAUGAUUUGGCAUACUCGAUAAUGUAUGAAGUGACUAAAUUAUGCCACAAAGUCUCUGAGGAUGAUGUGGUUCGCGCUCGCAACCAGCUGAAAUCUUCCCUGCUACUCCACAUGGAUGGAAGCAGUCCUGUUGCAGAAGAUAUUGGGCGCCAGUUACUAACUUAUGGACGAAGAAUACCAUACCCUGAGCUGUUUGCUAGGAUUGAUGCUGUAGAUGCCAGUACGGUCAAACGUGCUGCAAACCGUUUUAUAUAUGACAAGGACAUUGCCAUUGCUGCUGUUGGGCCCAUCCAGGGUCUACCUGACUACAACUGGUUUAGACGCAGAACCUACUGGAACAGAUACUAGGUUUCCUGUCAUUGUUUUGAUAUUUUAUCACCGAUUUGCAUUUUAGGUGGUAAAAUUGUUGUUAUUUUUGCAAGAAAAGAAAAUCAGAUGCUUCUGAGGGAUGGCCUUCUGAAUUCUCUGUUUGCUCUCUUUGAGGGGUUCCCUAAUUAUUUCUGUAACAUACUUAGCCAAAAAAAUAAAUGCUGUAUCAAGGAAUUCAUCACAAUUUUAUGGAACUGAUGUUACACAACCAAAUAUAAUGAAUUUUAUCAUGGUAUGUUAAUGGUAUUUCCUUGUG